AUGGUUCGGUUCGGACGAGUCGUCGGCGUGGCUGCAGCGGCCGCAGCGGCUGUGGCGCCAGUCUCUGCGCGACCUUCCAGCGACGACAGCCAUGACAGCCAUGACAGCCUUGACAGCAACAGCAGACAGUCGAAAAGGGACGGGGCCGAUACCGUCGGCUGUCCCGACUACACUUCGUACGCCACCAGCCGCGACCACCAGCCUUUUUCGGGCGGCCGCUUCAACUUGCCGUACCAGCGGCCGCCGCCCGAGUGCCGACGAUUCAAGGUGCCGGAGGUAGAGGACACGAUUGACGCAAUGCGCAAGCUUGUGCGCGACCCCGACCUGUUUCGGCUGUUUGAGAACUGCUUUCCCAACACGCUCGACACGGCGAUUGCAUGGCACGGUGUCGGAGCCGACACGACGGACGAGGAGCUGACGUUUGUGACGACGGGCGACAUCAACGCCAUGUGGCUGCGAGACAGUGCGAACCAGCUGCAGUCGUACAGGUCGCUUCUGCGGCCAAAGGGCAAGAAGGGCAAGAAGGACACAAAGGACGACGAGGGACUGUCCACGCUUGCCUCCCUCUUCCGUGGCACAAUCAACCUGCAGGCGCGCUACAUCCAGAACUCGCCGCACUGCAACGCCUUCCGGCCGCCGGUCGAGAGCGGCCUGACCGUGACGGGCGGGUUCGGCGGCGGCGACAUUGUGUACCCGCCCGUGGCGCACGACGUGGUGUUUGAGUGCAAGUACGAGCUCGACUCGCUGGCGGCGUUUUUGCAGCUGUCGUACGACUACUACGCGGCGACCGACGACGGGGCCUUUUUCGGCAAGGUGUACCGUAAGGACGGCGAUGGCGGCGAUGACGGCAAUGACGGCGACGACAGCGAGUUCCGCAGCACGUGGGUGCUUGCCGUGGAGGCCACCAUGGCGACGGCCGAGGAAAUGACCAAAGGCACGUACGGCCCCGACGGGCGGCCGCAGGUCUCGCCGUACCAGUUCCAGCGGCCGACAAGCGUCGCCACGGAGACGCUGCCCAACGGCGGUGCCGGUCCGCCGGUGCAAGGCGGCACGGGCAUGGUGCGCAGCGCGUUCCGGCCGUCGGACGACGCCUGCACGCACCAGCUGUUUGUGCCGGCCAACAUGAUGCUGGCGCGCUAUCUGGCGGCGUGUGCGCCCAUCAUGGCGCAGCUGGGCCGCGGCCGGGCGCCGGCCAAGACGGAUUCGUUGCGGGAAAGCCCCCUGGUGGACGCUGCUGCCGUUGCCGACGACGACUACAGCAACUACCGGCAGGGCCACCGCUCGCGCUACUUCCACGAGCUCGCGCUGCGCAUGACAAAUUUUGCCGCGACCAUUCGCGUCGGCAUUGAGCGCUACGGCCGCGUGGCCCACCCGGUCUACGGCGACGUCUACGCGUACGAAGUCGACGGGUUUGGCUCGCACAACCUGAUGGACGACGCCAACAUUCCGUCCCUGCUUAGCGCCCCCCUCCUGGGCUACGUCGACCGCCACGACCCCGUCUACCGCAACACGCGCCGCCUCGUCCUGAGCCGCGCCAACCCCUACUAUAUGACGGGCCCCGUGCUCAACGGCACGGGCGGGCCCCAUGUGGGCACGGGCAUGGCCUGGCCCAUGAGCUUGGUGGUGCAGAUCAUGACGACCGACGACGACUACGAAAUCGCGGCGGCGCUGCGGCAGCUGGUGUCGUCGACCGACGGCCUGGGCCUGAUGCACGAGUCGGUCAGCAGCCACGACGAGAGCGCCUGGACGCGCCAAUGGUUCUCCUGGGCCAACGGCCUGUUUGGCCAGAUGCUGCUCGACCUGCGGGACCGCAAGCCGCAUCUGCUAGCAACGAGUUUUCAGUAG